AUGGGAUUCAAUGAUAAGUGGAGAAAAUGGACUAAUGCUUGUGUUCGAUCCGCUUCUGCCUCUGUUUUGGUUAACGGUAGUCCGAUGGAAGAAUUCCAGUUAAGGAGAGAGUUAAGGCAAGGGGACCCUCUUUCCCCGUUCCUUUUCCUUUUAGUGGCGGAAGGCUUUAGCCUUUUGAUGGACAAAAGUGUUAAGAGGAAAUUGUUCGAUGGUUACGAGUUUGGUAAUGGAGAGGUACAAGUAUCUCACACUCAGUAUGCGGACAAUACUAUUACUAUGGGAAGAAGUUGGAAAAAUGUAUGGGCAACCAAAGCAAUUUUACAGCUUUUCAAAAUGGUAUCGGGUUGA